AGGCAAGACCUGCAGGCCCAUGAUGAAGAUUUUCAACCCGAAGUAAACGACCCACCGGAAAGAAGAUGGGUGAUCUUCAGGCGGCGCGCGAUGCGUUCAACACGGCGGAUGAGUUUUUGACUCCCGUACUUGACCGAGAGGAACUCCAAAAGUCUCAAGGAGGCUCUCUUUUGGACAUUCUUGCCCAGAGUAUUCCUGACACUCCCUUGGAUGAUGCCGCCAGGCGAUCCGUUGUCAUCACUAGGGCGUUGGAUAUACUUGCCCGCAUCCACAGCGCCUUUGUCUCGCCUGUAAAUGAUGCUGAGGAGCCCCGCCUGAGCGCGGAGGAUGCUGCCCUGGAAGACGCAAAGCGGCGCCGGUGGACUCAUGCCCUUCUGGACUUGGUUGCGAUCGAAGGCGUUAACCCUUCGCUUUCAUCCGGGGUGGGCAUCCCUUUGCAGCAGCGAAUGAUCUCUAUUCUGCCCGCCGGAGUCAUUGCGCAAGAUCAAAAACUCGCAAAGAGUCUGCCUGAAAAUGAGCAACUUUUAGAUCGCAUAAUGUCGACCGUUUCCGAGAUUGUGCUUGAUGUACGGCCUAGCAUACAACCGUUGAUCCGUGGUCGAAUCUUAAGCGACAUCAUCAGCGGAGUCGCAGAAUUAGCUUUCAAUUCGAAAUACCUGCAAAAUGAUAAGAAAGAAUGGUAUCGGGAAGCCUUUACGAAUAUCAUUAAAGAUACCCCGAGCUCUGUCCUGCUACCGACGCUGUCGAAUUUUCUGCAAGCCAGCCCAGCCCCAUGGUUUAAAGCCACUAUAUCCACCCAGCUAUCCCGAGUGCCUUUGCGUGAAAAUGGGCUGGUUCAAACAGUCUUCUUCCUGGCGUCGCAAUUCAGUCCCUCUCUAGGGCAGGGUUCCCAGCCCGAGGCCUCUACUGGUCCCCAUUUCACCGUACAAGCUAUCAUGCAGACUUCUCGCCUGUUGUCUUCGGUGCCGCAAGGAAUGGACCCAGUCGAGUAUUUCUCUACCAUUGCUCCACAGCUAUUAUCUCUGAUCGACGGAGAUGACCCGGACUUGAGGAAAACUGCCGCCUAUACUGUCGGCACCGGAAUCCUAGGAAAGCGCGCAUUUGGAGCUCCCGGAACGAUCGGUCAUUCGAUAUUCUUGGAACCCAUAUUCAAGACACUCACGGCAAGGCUAGAAAACUCCUCAAAAUCUUGGAUGAGACAACCGAACGACGGCGAUGAAGUACUACCACAACAUGUUCUGGUCAACGAAUCUUUGUUGCGCCGGGCAGUCGAUAGGCUAGGAAGUCUUGUCCUUCAGCCUCCGAACCCAGCGCUUGUCAAGAGAGUUGUGUAUCCAAUUCUGGUGCCCCUCUGGGGUCUAGCUUGUUUUGCCUUGGAACAACAACAUACAAUACUUCAUGAGAAGAUUAUGAUGGUUCUGCGAACGUAUUUUGGCAUUUCGGUAGGAUUCCAGCCACUUAAGAAGCUGGUAGACUAUAUGCUAUGGGACGGGGACUCCUCAUGGACUUACACCAUUCAGCCAAAACAUGGGUUGUCACUGACGAUUCGCAAAAAUGAAAACCCAGGCCAAUUGAAUGUUGUACACCUAAUGGAUACUCUGCAGUCUCGCACGAAGCUCUUUGUGAGCCUACUAGGAGCGGACCCUAGUAGCGAAGAACGCACUGGCGAUGUUUUCCUAUACGUGAGCGAAAGGUGGCUUGUGAAGCCUUCUGCUAGAGAAUUCCCGGAUGAGCUGCAACUUCCCCAAGCUAAUGAUGGUUCCACCGACACCAUGCGGAAGAUAGUCAGCGCGAAACUUGCAGAAGCGCUGCUAGAAAACUUCAAAGACGUUCUAUCUCGUCGUCCUCUGAGGGUUCUUGAACUCGUCAAGCAGAUCAUCGACGGGGAACUCAACAGCGAUGAUAUUGCUAAGAAGAAAGCUAAGGCGCAAUCUUCCGCCAAAGUGUCUCUUUCUUCAUUGGCCAACAUUGUUGAUACAGAUGACACCGGACGAGAAGAUGCCGCAACCGAGGCAGACUCAACCGAAUCAUUACCGGCUGUAUUCACUCUGCUAUCUACUGUCCUCGCCUCACCUGAAUUCUCCGCAUCGCAAGAGAAUAUACCAGUCCUGGAAGCCAUCAAAGGAAGCCUCGAUGAGCUAAUUACCUACCUCCCACAGUCACUCGCAAAACAAGGAACAACCGCCUCUAUGCUGUUAGAAAUCCAAAUCGCAUCACCUGCAGAAGGCGGGCGCGAGAAGUCGUCAUCCGAGAUCUCCGAUUUUGAUACCCAUCGCCGAGCCUUAACGAAUCUCAACUCCGAUCUUCCCCCAGUCCAGGCUGAAGGGUUCUCCCUUCUGUCUGACCUGAUCAAAAAAGCAUCGCCCGUUCUUGAUAUCCAAUCCACCCUCACCCUCCUCCUGUCUAUCAUCACAGACCCAUCCGAAACCGCCUCCAAAGACGAAUUCAUUUACCUCAACGCCAUCAAGCUCGUCGGUACUCUCGCAUCGCGACACCCCCGAACCGUCGUCAAAACGCUCGUUGAGCGGUACGCCGACAGAAGUGAGGCCGCUACUCUCGACCAAAGAUUGAAAAUUGGCGAAUCCCUCAUGCGCACCGUCCAAGACCUCGGCGAAGCCCUAACCGGAGAAACCGCAAAGGCUCUCGGCGACGGCAUGAUCGCCGUCGCCGGAAGACGAGCCCACAAGCCAGAGGCACAGAAGUCACGCAAACAACAACUCGAGAAAGAAAGACGGGAGAGGGAGCGCGAGGAGCGCAAAAACAGAGACCCACCCAUGGCGGAAGGCUGGAAAUCCUCCAUCUCGUCCCUCACGCCCAAAGAACAAGAGCAAGCCAAGGCCGCACUGGACGACGUCGAUUCCGACUCCGAGUCCCCCGAACAAGCCACCCACUCUGCAAACAUCAUCUCCGCCUGGGCCGCGGGGGCGUCGUCGGACGAAGAGCCAGACGACCUGCGCGUUCGAGCCUCCGCGCUCUCCGUCCUCGCCACAGCGGUGCAAACCAACGUCGUCGGUCUCGGUCCCUCCGUCGUCGCGUCAGCCGUUGACCUCGCCCUCUCGACCAUGACCUUAGAACCGGACCCUGAGUCUGCGAUUCUCCGACGCGCCAGCGCCAUCCUCCUCCUAGAUAUUCUCAAGGCCAUGGAAGCGUCUCGCGAGCGGGGCGGCAAAAACGCCAUCGACUUCGGCUUCUCGCUGUCUGACGACGGGGCAGGGAAUUCCUGGACCGCCUCUGCGAACACGCGGGGACCGUCGACAGUUGGGAAUAUCCCGCAUAUGGUACGCAGUUUGGCGUUUGUCGAAAGCCGCGAGACGGAUACGAUUGUGCGAGGGCAUGUUCGCGUGUUGCUUGAGAGUUUGGAGGCUUGGUUGGAGAAGGCGUUGAUGUGGGGGAUUGGGGCGCAUGAGGGUGAUGGUGCAGCUGAGCCGAGACUCGGAUUGGGUGAUCGUAUAGCUGGUCUCCAGGUUGAUCCGUUGGCAGGGCGAAGCGGUGGUCGUCCGAAGAUCGAAGAGAUUGAAUAAGAAUAGGUGUGUGUUGAUGGUCGGCGACAUGACUUGUUUAUGUCGACGUGACUGCCAUCCUCUUCAACCCUAGGCUACUUCGAAU